AUGUCAAUAACUGUUUCGACCUGCCAAUAGAUUUGCCAAUCACCAUUAAACCUUAGUCCUUCAAAGAAUCUAUGGACUUUCUCUAAGUCUGAAAGAUUUGGCAAAUUGGCCAAUCCUACAUUGUAUAUUAUUUCAUCAAAAUUUUAAGUUGCUAAUAAGCAUUUUACAAUCUACCCUCUUAGAUUGAAAAAAGAUCAGCAGGUAUUGGCAAAGGCAAUAAGUACAUAAUUGUUAAUAAAUUGCAGGCUUGAUUUUACAAAAGUGGUUGUUCCAAGUCCAUCUCCUUAACAAUAUGAUUUAGGUAGUGAUGUCUAAUUGAAUUUAAAAAAAAACAAAGGAUUUAAAUUUGGUGUUAGUAGAGAUAAAAUGGCUAGCACAGGUAUUCUAGGAACCUUAAAUCUUAAAACUCCAGGUUUAUAUACAUUUAUAAUUAUUAUCUUAUAGCUCCUGGAACUUAUGAUUUAGGAACGACUUUAAGUGAUAUCAGAUAUACAAUGAGACCUAAACCUUAAAAAAGCUCAUUAAUAUCUAAUGCCAAAGUUCCAGGACCAGGAUAAUAUGAAUCAUUACCAGCUAUUAAUGAGAAGGGAAGAUAUCCAAUAUCAAAGUAUAGUAACUCAUGUGCAACACUAUUCAAUCCAAAAUCAUCAAAGAGAUUCACCACUGAUUAUUGUAUUAAUAAAUCCCUCUAUUAUUAUUUUAGCCACUAAAGUACCUGGUCCAGGAUAAUAUGGUCUUGAUAAGACAGGAAUCCAAUAAGUAUAUAAUUUUAUACUAAUUUUUAGGAUGGUAGAUAUUUUGUAUCUAAAUUCCAUGACUCGAAUGUUAGAAGCUUUCCAAAAGAAGCAAGAAGAACAGGUUCUAAUGAAAAAAGUAUUAUCAUAGUGAAAAAUUAGAUUAAACACCUGCUCCAGGAAAUUAUAGAUUACCCUCUGAAUUCGGUUAUUAUGAAGCCAGUAAAAGCGUUGGACACACUGAACCAAAAUGAACAACAAACAUUAUUACAAUUAACAUAC